UUCGCCCCCAUCUCGUUCCUCUACCCCUCCAGUCUUUGCCGUGCGCCUCGUACCACGCUGCUCCGCGGUUCACACAAGAUGGGUUUCGGAGAUUUGAAGACGCCCGCUGGCCUCAAGGUCCUCAACGACUUCCUGGCUGACAGGAGCUACGUGGAGGGGUACGUGGCAUCCCAGGCAGAUGUGGCUGUGUUCGAUGCCAUCUCCACACCGCCAUCAGCUGACCUGUGCCACGCGUUGCGCUGGUAUAACCACAUCAAGUCUUACCAGAAGGAGAAGUCGAGCCUCCCAGGAGUGAAGAAGCCCCUCGGUCAGUACGGUCCAGAAGGUGUGGCUGACAGCACAGUAACCGUAACCUCCGCCCCUGCCGCAGACGACGAUGACUUUGACCUGUUUGGUUCUGAUGAGGAGGAGGAGAGCGCGGAGGCAGCCAGGCUGAAAGAGGAGCGUCUGGCAGAAUACAAUGCCAAGAAAGCAAAGAAACCUGCGUUGAUUGCCAAAUCAUCCAUCUUGUUGGAUGUGAAGCCAUGGGACGAUGAGACGGACAUGACGAAGCUGGAAGAAUGUGUCCGCAGCAUCCAGAUGGACGGCCUGCUCUGGGGACAGUCCAAACUGGUUCCUGUUGGUUAUGGCAUCAAAAAGCUGCAGAUUGGCUGCGUGGUGGAGGACGACAAGGUGGGGACUGACAUACUGGAGGAGAAGAUCUUGGAGUUUGAGGAUUACGUCCAGUCUAUGGACGUCGCUGCUUUCAACAAGAUCUAAAACUCAAAAUGAAACACCACACUUGAAGCCGCAAUAAAAAGCACGAAGGGAAAA